CCCGCCUUUCAUUACCGUGACUCAACAUCUCAACACCGCCGCCGCGAUCAUUCGCUAGCACCACGGCCAUCGCUCGACGGACUCAUUCGCAUUCCGUACGUCAAACGCUCGCUACUAUACUACGACGUGGCCCCCGCCGACCGAACGCCCAACGAAAACCAUUUUUUUCCUUCAACCCGUUUCUUUUUAGACUUCAAAAUUAGCGAAUCAAGCAUGUCACGGAAAACGGCAGUGAGGAGGGCAACCACAAAAAAACGAGCGCAGCGCGCUACGUCAAAUGUGUUUGCCAUGUUUGGGCAAGCACAAAUACAAGAGUUUAAAGAAGCAUUUAAUUUGAUAGAUCAAAAUCGGGAUGGAUUUAUCGAUAAAGAAGAUUUGCAUGAUAUGCUAGCUUCUUUAGGCAAAGAUCCAACUGAUGAUUAUUUGGAAGGUAUGAUGAAUGAUGCGCCUGGUCCUAUUAAUUUCACUAUGUUUUUGACAUUAUUUGGAGAAAGACUUCAAGGUACAGAUCCUGAAGAUGUAAUAAAAAACGCCUUUGGUUGUUUUGACGAAAACAAUGAAGGCGUAAUCAAUGAAGAACGUCUGAGAGAGCUUUUAGUUACUAUGGGAGAUAGGUUCACAGAUGAAGACGUCGAUGAAAUGUAUCGGGAAGCUCCUAUUUCCAAAGGUAUGUUCAACUAUAUAGAAUUCACACGUAUUUUGAAGCACGGUGCAAAAGAGAAGGAUGAAGUUUAAUGUUAUUUUUAUAUAAAGUAAAAUAUUUUAUUAUAAAAAUUUACUCAACAUAACAUUAACGUUAAUAUAUUU